UCACUCCAACCCAUUUACAAUUACUUAUGUAAGCCCAUUUUACAUCGCUUCAAACGAAACCCUAACUGUCGAUUUUGAAGUCAUGAGCAAUUGAAUACAAAAAUCUUUGAUUCUAUUGCAGUCUUCGUCUCUUCCACCUGUCGAUUGUCUACUAAGGUUGAGUUCCAGCAGGCUCCUCUUUGUCAAUUGUGAAAUUGAACAACAGAGGUAGAGAUGAGGCCGUUAGAUGAAUCCGAGACGACUCAAGUAUUCGAGAAGCUAUUCAAAUUCACAGGAAACAACCUCAAGAACAUCGUCGAAUCACCAUCACACGAAGGGCCCGAUCAAAACCCCGGUCGCUACUGCUUCCGUCUCCACAAAAACAGAGUCUACUACGUGUCCGAAUCGCUAGUCAAACGAGCCACAAACAUCAAGCGCGAAAACCUCGUGGCCCUUGGCACCAACAUCGGGAAGUUCACGAAAAGCGGGAAGUUCCAUCUCACCAUUCAAGCCUUGAACUUGUUGGCUGCCAAUGCUAAGCAUAAAGUAUGGCUUAAACCCACUUCGGAGAUGUCGUUUUUGUAUGGAAACGAUGUGAUUAAAGGUGGGUUAGGGCGGAUUACUGAUAAUAUAAAUGCGUAUGAUGGUGUUGUAGUGUUUUCUAUGUCGGAUGUGCCUUUGGGAUUCGGAAUUGCUGCGAAAUCGACUCAGGAUUGCCGUAAGAUGGACCCGAACGGGCUUGUGGUGAUUCGUCAAGCUGAUACUGGAGAGUACUUGAGGAGUCAAGAGGAGAUUUGAGCAAGAAAUAGAUUUGUAUUUGUCUUGAUUAUGACAAUGAUGAUGAAUAUUAUAUCUGUAUUGGUCUGGAUCCUUUUGGGUUUUGAAUCACUAAUUAGUUUCAACUUUUAGGGUGAAGGGAGUGGUUACCUAUUUGGAAUAGGUAAACUCCCCAUUCACCCAAUCAGA